UGUGACAGUCAACCAGCUGAUACGCUCCUUUUGUCGUUGCUGGCUGUCAAAAGUUGUGCUUUUGCCGAAACGUAAUCUGAAAACAUCGUAGAAUGGCUCGCUACGUUGGAUUGGACAAGUUGGGCAAACUGUUCGGCUAUAUCCGUGACAAUGGUGGCAUCCGGGCCAGUUUGUACAAGCUGUACAGAAUGGAUGAAAUGAAGGCCGGCCGGUUGGUUGGUCAGGACAAGUACGGUAACAAAUACUUCGAAGAUCCGUCGCAGUUCUAUGGACGGAACCGUUGGGUCGAAUAUGCUCCGCACUUCAACCUGGAAUACGACGGAUCGCAAAUCCCAGCCGAGUGGUUCGGAUGGAUGCAUUACAAGACCGAUUUGCCACCGAAUCGAGAUGGAUUGCGUCCACAUUACUCGUGGAUGGCCGACCACAGCGAGAACCUUUCCGGAACAAAGGAAGCCUACAUGCCGUACUCCACAACCCGCCCGAAAGUGGAAGCAUGGGACCCGAAGAAGCCGGCAGCCAAACUGGAAUAGAUGUGUGAACUGUAAUGAACUAGGGUUAAAUAUCCGUCGCUUUAGAAGAACCUUCCGUUGAAACUGUGA